AUGGGCUCUUCUGCGGAAGCUUGUCCUCACACUAUGACAGCUGACAAGUCAGAAGCUGGAGAGUUAGCUCUGGAGCCCCUGCUCACUUGCAAACUAUGUCUCUGUGAAUAUUCCUUGGAUAAGAUGACUACUCUUCAGGAAUGCAGCUGCAUCUUUUGUACAUCGUGCCUAAAACAGUAUGUACAGCUGUCAAUUCAGGAAGGUUGUGGAUCUCCUAUCACAUGUCCAGACAUGGUAUGCUUGAACCAUGGGACCCUACAAGAAGAAGAGAUUGCCUGUUUGGUGCCGGUUGAGCAGUUUCAGUUAUACAAGAGGCUGAAGUUUGAACGAGAAGUCCACUUGGACCCCUGGAGAACAUGGUGCCCUGCAGUUGAUUGCCAAACAGUGUGCCAUACUGCACCAAGCGAGUCCGGAGUGCCGGUGCUGGUGGAAUGCCCAUCCUGCCACCUGAAGUUCUGCUCCUUUUGCAAGGAGGCAUGGCACCUACAUCACCUGUGCCAGGAAAACCGAACUCCAUUGCAAACUGAGCAUGGAUCACUUAUUGGAACAGAGUCAGAGGCACCAAUUAAGCAGUGCCCAGUUUGUCGGAUCUACAUUGAGCGAAAUGAGGGCUGUGCUCAGAUGAUGUGCAAGAACUGCAAACACACAUUUUGCUGGUACUGUCUACAGAACUUGGAUAACGAUAUCUUCUUACGACAUUACGACAGAGGCCCUUGCAGAAACAAGCUGGGCCACUCGCGGGCUUCGGUGAUGUGGAACAGAACGCAGGUUGUGGGAAUCCUCGUUGGACUAGGUAUAAUAGCAUUGGUGACCUCUCCCUUGCUGCUCGUGGCGUCUCCAUGCAUCAUCUGCUGCAUUUGCAAAUCUUACCGGAGCAAAAAGAAGAAACACAGCCCGCCAACAACCUAA